CUUAAAAUUAAAGAAAGCUAUGAACCUUUGGUCCGACACCUUUUCUCUACCUGCAUUCAACUCAAGGCCAGACUUAAUGAAAAUCACCAGCAGAUGAAGCAGGAUGUGAGUGUGGUGGUGAACAGAAUAAGGGGGGAGGGUGUGGACAGAAUUAUCAAGCUCAAGAAGAAGUAUGGCUGCACCAGAGACAAUUAUGGACUUGUGCUUACACAGCUGAAGAAGGAAGAAAUUCACGAGCUGAACCUGGAGAACAGUCGGCUGACAUCUCUGCUCUGUAAACUGAAGGCUCUGAGCCGCUGGAGGAGGGUGGCCGAACAGGAGAAACUUCAUAAACAGCUGAUCCAAACUCAGCAGCAGGAACUGGACGUCGCCCUGCAGAUGCUGACCUGCUGUCAGGCUGAAUGCAGCAGCAGCAGCAAGAAGAUGCUCAGACAGAAGACAUCAGAGCUUCAUGAGGCCAGGCAGCAGUCUGCACAGGAGGCCCGCAGCAGAGAGGAGCUGGAAACACGUCGAUUGCAAAGUCUUGGACAGAUGAGAGCUGACAUGGAAGAAAGAGACAGACAGCUUAGAGAGCUCAGCAAGCAGCUGGACAAUGGCAGCAGGAUGAACCGGUUACAGAGGCAACAUAGUGCUAAAGAGAUCCUGCAGUUAAGGAACCAUCUACAACAGCAGCGUAGCCUCAAACAAGAGGCCUUUCAGCAAGUCAGUAAACUGCAGAACCAGGUGAACGACAUGGAAGCAGCUUUCUCUAGAGGCCCCUCGACAACAGUGCAUGUUGGUCAGGCUGGUGUCCAGAUUGGCAAUGCCUGCUGGGAGCUUUCCUGCCUGGAACAUGGGAUCCAGCCGGAUGGAGAGAUGCCUUCUGACAGGAUCAUUGGAGGAGGAGAUAAUUCUUGUGACACCUUCUAUUGUGAGACUGGAGCUGGGGAUUUGGAGCCCACUGUCAUUGAUGAGGUUUGCAGUGGAACAUACUGCCAGGUGUUCCACCCUGAACAGUUAAUCACAGGCAAGGAGGAUGCUGCCAACAACUGCAAAUGUGGCCACGACACCAUCGGUAAAGAGGUCAUUGACCUGGGUAGGAUUCACAAACUGACUGCGCAGUGCAUCAGUCUUAAGGGUUUCCUGGUUUUUCACAGCUUUGGUGGAGGUACUGAGUAUCUUUCUGUGGACUAUGGGAAGAAGUCCAUGAAUGUAACCCUAUGUGUACGUAACUAA